AUGGCUUCUGCUUUACGAUCCAGGGCCUUCGGGCUUGGCCGCAAUAUCUGGUCUACUUCCUCAGCACUGAAUUCUACCCGCCAAUGCCGCGUCCCAGCUGCGCGCUCAUAUUCCACCUCCGAUCGCCUCCCGAGAAUCGCAGACACCUCACUAUGGACAUCCAUGAUUCCCAAAUUCAUUCGCAACAGGGGCGCACGCAAGGAUCCCAAUAAGGAAAAGUCCAAAGAAUGGAACCCGGCCACUUUCUACAUCAUCAUCUUCAUAUUGAUCGGCUCCCAGGCCAUUCGCAUGAUCACCUUGAAGAACGGCUACUCAGCAUAUACCCGAACAACGGAUGCGAAGAUUGAGCUUCUGCGAGAAAUUAUUUCGCGAGUCAAGAACGGAGAGCAGGUUGACGUGGAGAAGCUGCUAGGAACCGGCGAUGAGGCGAAGGAAAGAGAGUGGGAUGAAGUUCUGCGAGAGAUUGAAGCCGAAGACUCUCUGUGGCAUCAGAAGAAGACUAGCCAGUCACAGCCAGAGACAGAGACGCCGGCACCGGCGAAGGAUGAGAAGCAGAAACAGCCCGCACAGCCUACCGCAGAGGACAGUGGGACUGCUAAGACCGAGACAACGAGGAAGAUGCGAUUCUACUGA